AGUGUAAACAGAGGCGUGGACACUUGGUUCUCCCUGUUGACUUAUGAGGAGUUACAAGCGUCGCUCGUUUGACAGCGCUUCCAGAUGGUGAGGUAGCAGCUAUCGGUGCUACUGGUUAUAUUUGUGCUUCUGGUGCUACUGGUGCAGUUCCUAGUCAGCCUGUCCUCUCCACCCAGGAGCGGCGGUACAUGCCACCCCCGCCGGACCCCCGCUGGGUGAGAGCGUCCCGCUGCCCGGGGGCUUUUCUGCAGCUCAGUAGGCACCAUGGAGGACAUGGAUCCUGAGGAACAGUUUCUCCGCUACGCCAGAAAUGGAGACCUCCCCGGUAUUGAGAGGCUUCUGCUGUCCAAGAUCAGGGAGGAGGCGCAGAUCAACAUCAACUGCAAAGGAAAAAACAAAUCGAAUCUGGGAUGGACUCCUCUCCACCUGGCCUGCUACUUUGGACAUAAAGGCGUAGCGGAGGAGCUGCUGAAGUCGGGAGCUGACGCCAACAUACCCAAUACUAUGGGGGACACACCGUUACACAAAGCUGCCUUCACAGGAAGAAAGGAGCUCGUGAUGCUCCUGCUCCGGUUUGAUGCUUGUGCGACCGUCAUCAACGGGACCGCGCAGAUUCCCAAAGACGUCAGCGAUAACGCCGAGAUCAGAAGCAUGCUGGAAGCCGCUGAAAGAACAGAGGAGAGGAAGCUUGAAGAGCAGCUUCUGGACGCUUCCAGAGAAGGAGAUCUCCCCUCCUUAAAUCUCCUGCUCAACAGGAAGAAGCCAGUAGACAUUCACUGUGUGGAUCUCUUGGGGAACACUCCUCUCCACUGCGCUUCCUAUCGUGGCCAGAGGCAGUGUGCCCUGAGGCUGCUGAAGACUGGGGCCAGCCCCAACAUCAAGAACAAAAACGGUCAGUCUGCAUUCGCCCUUGCCAAUGAUGCAGUAAUGAAGCAAGUCUUGGAGGGAAACGUCCACCCGGGCAUGACCCGUCAUGUCAAGAUGUUUGAGGGCCUGCUUUGGAAGAGCUCCCGGUUCUUCGGCUGGCGUUCCUACUGGGUGCUCCUACAGGACGGGGUUCUCUCCUGGUACUCCAAACAGUCGGAUGCGGCAGCCAAUAGCCGGAGACAGGGCUGCAAAUCUCUAACUCAGGCUCAUUGUUUGAUCCGAGCGCGAGAUAACUGCUUCUUUACGGUGAAGUGCUUUGAUGAUAGCGUGCACCACUUUAAGGUUUCCCCAAAAACGGAUCCAGAGGGAACAAGAAAAGCGUGGCUGGAGGCCCUGGAGGAGCACGCGGCCUACAGUACUCACUACUGCAGCCAGGAGCAGAGCGGGGAGGAGGAGGAGAACGAGGAGGAGCUGAUCUCCGCUCUGGAGCUGAAGGAGUCUCUUCAGUCAGCUGAGAGCAGUCAGCAAAGACUUGAGAAGGAGCUGUCUAUGUUUAUUUCCAUGGCCAAGAAUGACGGACUCACAGAAAAGUUUCCUCCGUCUCUGAUAGAGAAGAUGCAGGACGUGUGUCAGCUGUCAAGCGAGACGUGUUCCCAUCUGAACCUGUGUCUGGGCCUCUUCUCCAGGCAGGACGGGGUGCGCAGUCUGAAAUUGGAGCAGGAGUGUGAAAAGAACCAGAUCCUCUCGGAGGCUCUGCAGACUCUGGCCACGGAGCACCAUGAGCUGGAGCAGUCGGUGGCCACGGGCACGCCGCCGGGCAGCACUCUGAGCGAGGAGGAGUUCUACGACGCCGUGUCUGAGUCGGACUCUGAGCUCUCCCUGAGUGGUUCAGAGACGCUGGCCAGCCGUUCCCGGGAGGAAGACGAGGAAGAGGAGCGCUGGGUCCUAAUGAGCAGCAGCCACAGUACCCCAAUCACCAUGUUGCAGGAGGAUCGCCAUGGCAACACGGAGCCCCAAACCAACGGCGACACGCAGCAUAGGACCCAUCUCCCUGCACCAAUGUUCUCAAGGAAUGACUUCAGCAUCUGGAGCAUCUUGAGGAAAUGCAUCGGAAUGGAACUCUCUAAGAUUACGAUGCCUGUGAUCUUCAACGAGCCUCUCAGCUUCUUGCAGCGGCUGACCGAGUACAUGGAGCACACCUACCUCCUCCACCGAGCCAACGCGGCCAGAGACUCCAUCGAGCGGAUGAAGUGCGUGGCUGCGUUUGCUGUAUCGGCCGUGGCCUCUCAGUGGGAGCGUACUGGUAAACCCUUCAACCCACUACUGGGAGAGACCUACGAACUGGUGAGAGAGGACCUGGGCUUCAGGCUGAUCUCAGAGCAGGUCAGCCAUCACCCCCCGGUCAGCGCCUUCCACGCUGAGGGCCUGCAGAAGGACUUUGUGUUCCACGGCUCCAUCUACCCCAAGCUCAAGUUCUGGGGUAAAAGUGUGGAGGCGGAGCCCAAAGGCAUCAUCACCCUGGAGCUGCCCAAGUACAACGAGGCCUACACCUGGACUAACCCCACCUGCUGCGUUCACAACAUCAUCGUAGGCCAGCUGUGGAUCGAGCAGUAUGGGAACAUGGAGGUGAUUAACCACAAAACUGGUGAGAAAUGCUGCCUGAUCUUCAAACCGUGCGGCCUUUUUGGCAGAGAGCUGCACAAGGUGGAAGGGUACAUUCUGGACAAAAGCAAGAGGAAGGUGAGCGCUCUGUAUGGGAAGUGGACAGAGUGUCUGUACACCGUGGAGCCGGCGGCCUUCGACGCUCACCGGAGGAAGGGGGCAGCGGUGAAGAUGGACAGCAAAGCGCAGGCUUCCAGCAAAGAGCCAGCGGCGAACUCCCUCCCUGCCACAGACACCGUGGAGGUCAUCUCUGGCAGCCAACUUCUGUGGAGGAUCGCGCCACGACCGGCCAACUCGGUGGAGAUGUACAGCUUCACUACCUUUGCGAUGCAGCUGAACGAGAUGUCCGGGGAGAUGAAAGAACUCCUUCCAAAGACUGACUGUCGACUGAGGCCGGACAUCAGAGCUAUGGAGAGCGGAAAUAUUGAUCUUGCAAGUGAGGAGAAGAAUAGGCUAGAGGAGAAGCAGAGGGCUGCACGCAAAAGCCACUCCAAGCCUGACGAAGACCUGAAAACCAGGACCCCUGCCCUCGCCCCCAGGUGGUUUCAUCAAGGCCCGAAUCCCUUCAUCAACUCCCAGGAUUGGCUGUUUUCUGGUGGAUACUGGGACAGGAAUUACACUCAACUGCAGCUGGCUGAUAUUUACUGAAAACAUUCCUCUACGAAUAGGAAGUAGAUCAGUUGGACUCCCUCCACUAUCUAUGUCAUUAAGUUUUUCUUCUCUCCUUUUUAACCAUAAUAACAAGAAAUAUGCAAAUCAUUUUAAUGAUUAGAGUGGUCUUCAUUUAUUGCACCUUACUGUGCAUAAGUGUUAUUUAAAAGAAGAUCAAAAAGGAUAUAUAAAUGUUACAAAAAGUUGAGCGGUUUACAAUCGCUUUGAAAUGUACUAUUUCCAUAAAUACAGACCGAUUUACUGUUUGCUGCUCAGAAUAUUAUUUUAACAUUUUAUAUAUAUAUAUAUAUAUAUAUAUAUAGUGGCUUUUUGUGAAGUCAGGAAAAAAACACUGUUGAUGCACAGGGUUUUGCUGUUUUAGUGUGUAUGUCUAUAGUUCCAAUAUUUUUUUAAUAUUGAUGUAGUUCUAAAUGAUUUGUGUCUGUAUAAUACCUUCCUGUUAAAAAACAAGCAAGUCUUCUGGUCAUCCAAACGGCUAUAGUUCCUCCUGUCAUUUUCAACGUGCUUUUCCAAACAGGAAAAUAACUCAUGUUAAGGAGAAAAGUCCACUUUUUCUUGGGUACUGUUACAUUUUCAUGGCAUUUUGCAAUCAACUCAAUUGCGUGGUCCAUUCAGAUAAAAAAAAGAAUGACGAAUAAUUAAUUGGAACAACUGAGUUUAGAUAUUUUUGGAAUACUGAGAAGAUCACUAGUAAAUCAUGUCAUUAACUUUAUUUUACUUAACAGGUUUUUAUACAAUAUGGCUGUGAUCCUGAAAAAAAUGUAUUAAUAAACCGAUAUGUUGUAUAUGAUGCAAUCUGA